UGAAGAAUAGGCUAGCAAAAUUCACAGCGCCUGGGGGACACUGGAUCUAACUGUGAGAAUUCCUUACGGUUGUAUAUCUAUUCCCACCAUGCUCUUGUGCACCCUCUUUGCAUUUCAUCCUGUUCUCCUGGAAGGUGUUUGAUCUCCAGGAGCUCCACAUCCACCUUCUGGACUUUGCAACCUAUCCCGGAUCUCUUGGGUUUCCCUUUGAUCACGAGGAGGAGGAGCUGUUAUUUUAAAAAUGCCUGGAGUUUCUGAAGCAGAAAUACAGACCGUGACUGGUCUUAUUAAGUCUCUACUCAAUGCGCAGCUUAAAUCUAUCUUGCGACACGAGCACCUUGCUGUAUCUGGGGUGAAAAAUGUCCUUCAGUUCAGGAUACUUAACCAUCUGCACAGAAUGUCCCAAAGCCCAGUAGAGUUUGAUCGGAUCAGGAGAUAUAUUUACUAUGUUGCCCAACACCCGAUGCCGACCGCCCCUACGCCCUCUCCAUCAUCGUUCACACAACCUCCUCAUUCCGCUCCUCAACCCUUACCAGCCCAUAGACCUCCUUAUUCUACAACUAUGACCCCAUCUCAUGGCGUGGCAAUUGUUCGUGAAAGCACAAGGGAGACUGUUGAACUUAAGGUCAAUUUCAGUGAAAUGAUGGCCUCUCGAUUGCAGAGUGAGCCUGACUUGCGAGUCAUGGUUUACUGCGCGGGAGACAACGGUUUAAAUCACUACUCCCGAUCAGAUAUCGCAUUUCCCCACCAGGUUGAGCUCAAGGUUAACCUUGAUGAUGUAAAGAUAAACUUGCGAGGCUUGAAGAAUAAACCUGGGACAACUAGGCCGGCAGAUAUCACGAAUUUCAUCCGCAAAAAGCCGGGCUAUACAAACUACGUCUCUAUGACUUAUGCCCUUACACAAAAGGCAAUAACUGUGUCGCAGAAGUUUUUUGUUGUUGUUAACCUAGUUAAGAAGCAUUCGGUCGAUGAACUCGUCGAGAGACUUAAAAGGAGGACGAUUAUCACCGCCGAACAGGUAAUCCGGGAAAUGAAAAACAAAGCUGCGGAUACCGAUAUUGUGGCAACAUCAAGCGUUAUGUCCUUAAAAUGCCCCUUGUCGACUCUACGUAUCACGGUUCCUUGUCGCACUGUGCUCUGUACUCACAACCAGUGCUUUGAUGCUACAUCUUUUCUGCAGCUGCAAGAGCAGGCCCCCACUUGGACUUGUCCUGUCUGCAACAAGUCCACGUCAUUUGAAGGCCUUCAAAUUGAUCAAUAUGUUGAUAACAUCCUCAAAGCCACAUCCUCUGACACGGAUCAAGUCACUAUCGAACCCAACGGCAAUUGGUCCAAUCCUGAAGAUAAAACAAUUGAAACCCAAGGUCCCACUCCCGCUGAUGACGGAGACGAUGAUCUGGUCGAAAUCCGCGAUUCUCGCGUCUUAACUCUCAAGCAAGAACCUACUCCGUACUCACUUCCGUUCCAGUCUUCAGUCACCCCAACUCGCUCCUCACGUGAACCGUCAUCGGUCUCAUCGGCACCGCGCCCAUCAACUAACAAGCGUCCUGCAAGUCAGGUUAUUGAUUUGACAGGAAGCGACGACGAAGAGCCACCCCGCCCAUCAAAACGACCUGCUUACAAUCAUAACCCAUCUCUCAACGGAUUUCGUCGGCAGAGCUAUGACUACCGUGCGGGCGGUAAUUACGGAAAUACACAAUCUCCUCUUUCAAACUCUUACAGCAGCUAUUGAUUCGAGUCAAAAAACAUCGACAUUGCGUCCACUGUUGAUCUGCGAACCAGCAGCUUGUUCGACUUUAUCUCAGUUCAUUUGCAGGUUUUCAUCCGAGGAGUUUCAAGGAGGGCCUUCUAUUCUGGCCUAAAGGCCGCCUAGCGGCGUGUAAAUAGGAUAUUGAAGGGAGUUAUGUGGGUAACUAGGAUUUUUCUGUGUGAUAUCCAUUUUGUUCAAGGAUAGGAAAUGGAUAUUGUUGCAUUUCAGAGUGCGGUAUGGCUUUUC